AUGCAAUUUGUCCGCUGCGAAUCCUCAGAUGGUGAGGUAAAUGAUGCUGAAGCCCAAAAUAACUGGCUACCACGUACUUUACGCCAACCCUUCCUGCUUAUUUUGUCGAUUGUAUUGCUUCUGAUUGCCAUCGGUGUCGAGGUCCUCCGCCAAUAUUCCCUUCGCAACAAUGGUAUCGUCCAGUAUAGACAGAGAGAAGACCUCUCAGCAGCCACAUGGCGAGCGUGGACCGACACCCCCACUGCCAUCGGCCUGGUCGCCGUAGUCUUGUGGGAAGUCUUCGCCUACGACGUACUACGCCUGGAACCGUACUUCCAGCUAGCCCACCCCAAGGGUGCGCCGGCCAGUGUGCUCUUCAUCAACUACAGCUUCGAUGCUGCCAUCCUCGUCCCCAUGCGUGCCGCUCGACACCGACACUGGAUCGUGCUAUGUGUUUCGACAAUGUCUCUGGCGAUGCACCUCCUUGUGGCGUCAUUGCUAUCGGGUCUUCUGGUUUUGUCGCCUCUAAUUGUGGUGGAGACAAGAUCCCUAGGAACCUGGCCACAUCUGGUGGAUCUCGACACUCAGAAUAAUUGGUUUUCCCUUGAAGCUGCUCACCGGAACCCUCUGCACGAUCAGAGCAAGAGAAAUGGAAGCCCAGGCGUCGCAGGAUAUGCCGUGGCUCCGCUGUUGGUUUCGGCCAACUUCAGUGAUGGUCUUGCGACCUUAAGCUUGAAUCAGUCGGUAUACUGGUCUGAGAUCAGUUGCGUGAACACCACUGCCAUUGACGUGAUUCCCGACACCAAUAAUUCUGUGACCGGAGAAUCAAUGCACGACCGAAAUUUGUCGUGGACCCUCUUCAAUGUCACGUUGCCGGGAAUCGGAUCGACGCCCUGCGAGAUUAGCGUCGCUCUGGACACCGUCACGCUCGGCCAACAAAGUUCCCAGCUGCGUCAUUGGGAGCCUGUACCCCAUGGAGUGCCAGUGGCUCAGUCCGCCUUUAACGCUACCGGCUGUCCGUCUACUGGUCUGCUUGGGAUCUUAGCUGAGAUGAAGACAACGAAUACAACGAUGCAUUCGAAUUUCACCGUGUUCGCGUGCCAACCCGUGUACAAGGAGGCAGCGGCUCAUGUGAUUCUGGCGGACAACUUAUACUCUGUCGAUGUCGAGGUCAUCCCAUCUACGACUAGGAACUUGAGUGAGAGUGAGUUCAGCAGCCACGGAUUUCAGAAACUGUUGUCCUCGGAAUACAGUCCCACGGGUGCCUUCAACAACGGAAGGGUUGGCGUCGUGGACGAGACGCAGGCUCAAAACCUGACGGAUUAUCAGGAUGCUCUUCGCAGCAUAUGGAAUCAUCAAUUCACGACGGCACUCAAUAUGCUUUUUGAUCAACCGGAGAAUAUGGUUGAGGUUGAUGCGAUCCUCACCAAUUACUCAUUAACCAUCGCCGUGGUCCCUCGAGCGGCUGCCAUCGCAGAAACCAUCAUGUUCUCCGCUUCCGCCCUGGUCCUCGCCUUGAGCUUCAUAUAUCCUCGGCGACUCAAUCUUCUCAAGCGGGAUCCUAGCACCAUUGCGGCCCAGUGCGAACUUCUUCUUCGCAUCGUCGGUCCAGACACGCUUCAUACUCUAUCCCAACCCAGCUACCACGUCGCCCCAACGCGUAAACUUCGGCAGUGGGCCAAGGGGCUCUGGUGUAGGUGGACUACCGACUCUCACGGUCGACGAAUUGAAAUAUGCGCGACGAAUGGUUCUCCGGCAAAGAUAGCUCCCCCUCCUGUUACAUCCAGACGCCGGGAUCCCAUGCCGCAUUUUCUGACUCUGCCAUGGUUUGCAGCGGAAUGUGUCUUGCUGAUGGGAGUCACCAGCGCCUUUGGACUCACAUAUAAAUGGAUCCAAGUUCGCACGAUUGAGGAGAUGUUCACGAAAAAAUUCCUCUUCGCGGCCGCGUUCUUGCAGUACGGUCCGACUAUGCUUGCCUCGACGGUGCGAUCCCUCUUCAACUCUCUCCAUCGCCACUUGAGUGUGGCCAAGCCUUGGAUUCAAUUACGGCGGGGGUGGGUCUCCUCGGGACCACUAUGCGCCCCGGUUUAUGGUCCUUGGAGAACCCUCGUUGUGACGGGGCGAUCUGGGCCCCGACCCUCGCUCGCCAUCUUUGGGUUGUCCCUGAUUGGCGUUUUGAAUCUGAUUCUGGUCGUGGCUACUGGUGGUCUGUAUGAACCACACAUUACCAAUGUCCUCGCUGCCUCGAGUUUGAACACCUCGUACACUGAUUCGGUCUUGCUCGGACUGGAGCCAGACUUCGUAGCGUAUGACCGCAGUGUUCAACCCUUGACGCGGUAUCCAUCGAGCUUGCCAUGGACCACCGACGACUUUUCAUUCCAACCGUUUGAUAUUGAUGUGGGCGGGGAGGCUGUCGGCGUCUUCUAUACGGCGAGAAUGCGUGGCAUUGGCACCACACUCUCGUGCGAGGAGGUUCCCUAUAGCGGCAGGUCGAACUGGACAUACCAUCCAUCAACCCAGACAGGCCUCGAGUGCAACGUCCAACUACCUCCUGUCGCUCUCGACGCCACGCAACCCCCCACAAUACAAUAUACCUGGCCCGACAGCCCCGACUGCGAGAGACUCAGCUUCUUUGUCUCCUCCCAUCUACCGGACAACCAGACCACCACCCUCCAAUGCAUCCCACAGCUGACCACGGGGUUCUUCGAAAUCCAAGUCAGCCCCGAUGGCUCCAUCCAGCAGGCCACCCCCAACAACCAGAAAGAACCCCAAGACAGCCCCCCAAGCCUCUCAAAUCCAGACCCAACCCACCACCAACCCACCAGCCAAGAACCCAUCAAUCAUCUGACCAAGGCCAUCCAAACCCUCUACCUCCAACUCUUCGCAAACUACCUUACCCUGCACCGCCCACACCUCUUCCUAAGCGGUCCCACGGUCCAAAUACCCGGCACAACUACCUGGACCAUGUGGGGCUUCAUGCCCUCCACGACGACGAUCGUGGUUAUCAUCGUGAUUCUAUCGGUGGACGCCCUGGCGCUGGUGGCGGUCUUCUCAUGUUAUUUCGGGCGGUAUGAUGCGCCGCGGAUUCCCAAGGCGAUCGGGUCGUUGAUUCCGUGGGUGGGUGGUGUGGAGGGAGUAGGGAGGUUGGCAAGGAUGGAGGGGGAGGAGGUGGGGGAGGGGAAGCGACGGUAUCGGUUUUGGGAGGGGGUGGACGCAGGAGGGGAGGUGGUUUGGGUUUUGGGAGAGGAGGAUGAUAGGCAGGAGGGCGUGGAGUUGGGGAGGCUGGAGGGGGGUUUGCCGGCUUCUAGAAUAACCUCAGAUGAGCUUCAACCCUGGCAAGGAAACUCUGCGCCUGGUUUCACAGCCAAUUGUGACUAGAAAUGCUUUACAAGUCAGUGGCUACAGAUGCCAGAAGACGGCGACUGUCACGGAGUCUCUUUUCGUGUGUAGACUUAGCUGACUCUGUGCCUGAAUUGGAUUACCUACUUCCUGCCUCUGCAUAAUCUAUUGCGGUUUCAUCUCCACUUGCAUUUGUGCAGUCUUUGAUGACACUGUCCUACACGAGAGAGAAUAACCCUCCUUCCACCACAACAAAAGAAG